CACACACAACAGGGCUGUCCGCAUGGAUCCGGGCUCAGGCACACUGCGCGCCGCUGUCCUGGAUGCGGCACAGCUUGAGACAGGAGGCUGCUGCAUGAUCCCUACAUUUGAAAACAUAGAGAAUAACACAGAUAACGACAUUUGUGUCAGGUUAAACUAAGCAGGCAGAGGAAGAGGGAGCUGUUUUGUCGUGUAAUUGUCGGAGUCAGUGUGUUGGAGAUGGAGCGGUGGAAAGGGAGAGUGGCCCUGGUGACCGGAGCCUCUGUGGGGAUCGGAGCGGCUGUAGCCCGGGCACUGGUCCAGCAAGGCAUGCGGGUCGUCGGCUGUGCCAGGAGUGUCGACAAAAUAGAGAAGCUGGCAGCAGAGUGUCAGAGCGCCGGCUACAGCGGCACACUGAUCCCUUAUAAGUGCGACCUGUCCAACGAGGAGGAGAUCCUGUCCAUGUUUUCAGCCAUCAAGACGCUGCACAAGGGAGUGGACGUGUGCAUCAACAACGCUGGCCUCGCCCACAAUGAGCCGCUGCUCAGCGGGAAGACGGAGGGCUGGAGGAACAUGAUCGAUGUAAAUGUGUUAGCUCUGUCCAUCUGCACCCGUGAGGCCUACAAAUCAAUGAAGGAGAGGAAUGUGGACGACGGCCACAUUAUCAAUAUUAACAGUAUGGGGGGGCACAGGAUGGUACCCAGUGCUGAUGAGCAUUUCUACUGUGCCACCAAAUACGCCGUGACGGCUCUGACUGAGGGGAUUCGACAAGAGCUCCGAGAAGCCAACACCCACAUCAGAGCCACAUGUAUUUCUCCUGGACUGGUGGAGACUGAGUUCGCCUUCCGGCACCACAACAGCGACCCGGAGAAAGCAGCCGCCGUGUACGAGAGUAUGAAAUGCUUGAAAGCAGAAGAUAUAGCCAGUGCCGUCACGUUUGUCCUCGGAGCCCCCCCUCAUGUCCAGAUCGGAGAUGUGCAGAUGAGGCCGGUCGAGCAGGUGUCAUAGCAGUGAGAAGGGAAGCUGCAGGAGGAGCGGACAGACGGCAGCCACGGUGACUCUUUAGCAACCUCUGCUGGGCGUAGGAAGAAGGGCGUGUGGGGGGUUGGGGUACAAAACAAAUCAACUACAGCUGGUGUUGGAUCUGCUGGGACGUGGUCGAAGAGGGCUGGAGCCUUAAGUAGGCUGGGCGUGGACUUUGUAACACCACUACAGAAAUACUACUGAAUGCAGAAACCUGUUUUUUUUAUUUGUAUGAUGAUUGGUCCUGGUCCUGGUCCUGGACUGAGCUGAAUCUCCAGACUACAGAUGCAACAAAUAGGAGAGGAGGGAGCUGCUGCUGCUGCGCCACGUGGUCGUCUGCACGGCCGUCACGUCAGAGGGGAGCGAACGCCAUUGAUUGCACAUGUUGUGUGUUUUGUUCUGUAGGUCAUGUGACAUAUCUUUUUGAAAUCACAUGGAAAAAAAGGUAAUUGCUGUUUAUGAAAAAAUGACUGUUUUCUGUGGUUUAAUUUUUUUUUAUAAGUAUUUUAACUUUGAUCAUAGCUAGACGUGUUCUCAUACUCACUAACCGUAAACAAAACUUUACUGCACUCGCUUUCACUAACCAUCCGCUAGGCCACCCGGCCGCCUUCAAGGCCUUCGCACACUGAGUCCCAUUUAUCGUCCAAUAUUGACGCUCGUUUAAAAAGUGAUGUGAUCAUGUGAUCUCAUGUUGUGUCGAUCAGGUCUGCACACUGACGCCGAUGUUUCUCAGAAAAUGUUCGGUUUUCUUCUGUUUUCUUGCUUCCAUCUCUUAUAGGCGUGCAUGCUUGGUGCGUGCGGCGGGAGUCUGAUCUGUCCCGUUGACUCGGUGCUCAGAUCACGCCACUCGAUCUCAAACAUACCGCCAGUCGCUGCUCUGGAUGAACUGCUUCCAGUAAAUAGAAAAUCAGUCUAAGGUGUGGUUCUACUAAAGCGAGCAGUUAUCGGACCUCUGACUUCCUGAAACUCACCUGGAGAGUCUGCAGCUCCUUUAUGGACCGGAGAAACUCUCCUCGCUCUCGUAACCUGCAAGUAUCUGUGCAGGUUCUCAGUCAUCCGGGUUAUGGUAUGCUGGAUCCAAAGACAGCUGGACUCGUCUGAAGAUCUUGAAGACGUUUCCCCGCUCAUCCUCAGAACUGAAGAAGUCUUGAAGAGGUGAAAUGUCUUCAACAUCUUCAGCCGAGUCCAGCUGUCUUUGGAUCCAGCUUCAAAUCUCGAACAGCAAACUUUUGCAAUCAACAAAAACUCAACACAUCGGACUCAGCGUGCAAAGGCCUUCACACUCUGCUUAUUUUCCAGAACACGUUCAGUCACCAGGUUUAAGAAAUCAGAGCAUCACAGACAGAAAUCACACACACACACACCUUUCUCUGGUCCACCUCUCUUGUGUGUACCUUCAGUUAUUCUGCACUUUGGAUUCACGAGGAAGUCAAACACUGGAAACAAACGUAUGUAGGGGGAAGACACUAACUCCAUGCACAUGUAUGCUCGAAAGAAAUGUGGAACUGUCUCCUUUAAAUGAAUAAAAAAAAAAGAUUGCUUGAAAAA